AUGGUCGGAGACUUCCUUGGCGAAAUUCGGUUCUGGUCAAUCAAGAACAUACUUUCUGCAGCAGUCCAACUGUAUUCCUCAUCUGGCUCUUACUUCGCACACCGCAGUAAGCUGAAGCUGGCACGAAACCUCUAUCACGAGGCCCUUUCGGACGCCCAAAAGGUUAUCGAGCUCCACCCAACGUCUUACCUUGGGUAUAAACUGAAGCAUGCAGCUCUUUAUGAAGCACGGCGCUAUGAUGAUGCAAUCGAGUCCUUCAAAAUCAUGCUUUCCAAGUUGGAUGAUGCAUUCGACUCACAGAUACGACAGUUACGCAAGCAAUAUGUCAAUCCGUCUAAAGCACAGAUCAAUACCUUCAAGAAAAGCACAGAGUACAAGGAGAUCUUGUCGUCAUCGAUGCUGCAUGGGCCCCUCCAAAUGGAGCCCAUCAGAGAAGCGGUGGUGAAGUACUUCAGUUGGGUCAUGUUAUCUCACAGGUGGGAAUCCAAGGAACCGCACUUGCAUGAAAUUCAGGACAAGGACGUGUACACGAUACGUCCAGUUGGAACUAUAGUGAAGUUGCAGAAGUUCUGUAAAAUCGCUCACGGAUGCGGGAAUAAUAACGUCGAGGUCCAAGCAUCAGUUAACUCCAUGUUCGUCUGGUAUCGCAACUCAGCACUCACCAUCGUCUAUCUAUCGGACGUUUCUCCUUCGUCAAAGCGUACACUGGCAACAAGCGUUUGGAACACGCGAGGAUGGACUGUCCAGGAGUUCCUCGCUCCUACAGUUGUUCUCUUCUACCAAGCAGACUGGACCCUAUAUCUCGGUGACUGCUCACCCAACCACAAGCAGUCUGUCAGUAUUAUGCAGGAGUUGGAGCGUUCAACUGGUAUAAAUGCACGGGCGCUCGUUGCCUUCAGCCCGGGGAUGAAAAAUGCCCGAGAGAAACUUCAAUGGGCAUCAUGCCGUGUUACGACAUUGCAGGAAGAUAUUGCAUACUCAUUAUUUGGUAUCUUUGAUGUCAACCUUCCUGUUAUCUACGGAGAGAAAGUACAAAAGGCGCUCGGACGACUCUUACAGGAGAUUAUCGCUCACUCAGGUGACAUCACAGCUCUGGACUGGGUUGGACAGCCAUCCAGCUUCAAUAGCUGUUUACCAGCCAACAUUGCCUCAUACAGAGCCCUGCCAUGCACAUUACCAUCUCUAUCCAAAGACGAGAUUCAAUCAUCGGUCUCCUCACUGCGAAAUGAUGUGACUCAGCAGUUGGCUUCGAAACUCUACACCAUCCUUGACAAUCUCAGUGCUCCUCGCUUCGCCAACUGCAGACUGCGCCUCCCUUGCAUCACAUUUCCACUCACAAAAGUCAAGCGGAGGGUCGGUACACCUUGCACCUAUCAUAUAAAGGCAGACGGACUCCAAGACCUGGAAAUCACAACGGCAAAUACGCUGGUUGAGUUCUGGCCUGGAAAGUCCACGUCACAAAAAUUCUUAGUCAUUCGUCCGUGGAAUCGUCAUGACCUUGGCCUGCCCGACUUUGCAGACGAGAUGCAGAAUGGGGAUGAUAGACCUGAGCCUGGGUCUCCAUCAGAUGAUCCGCUCGGCUUAUCUCCUACUCAAGAGUCGAACUUACUCAUUCGCCUCUUCAGCGCACUUUGGCCGGCUGAUUCGCGGUCUCACACACGAGAGUUGGGGUUGGUUGUUCGCCUUGGACAGCCUUUUAGGGCACUUUUACUAGCGCAGCAGCGGGGUGGGGAGUAUAAGAGAAUUGCUUCGGAUUGCAAUAUCAUUGCACGAGUCAGGGACAUGACUCGUGUCAAUGACAUGAUGGAUCCUGCCCAUGAAUUUGCUGAGCAUAACGAAGCUCGCAACCUUUACCGGCUACUGCUCAAGUCGGCACUGCAAAACAUCACCGGCUCCUUGUUUCCCACGUAUCGAUCACACAGCAUGUAUCCACCAGUGCAAUACAUCACCGUUACAUCAAAUGCACGAUCAGAUCCACCGAAUAGAAAUGCGACCUUGUUACAGAAAGCAAUCACGGAGCUGACAGGAAGUCUCGAGUUUGGCCAGUGA